GUCAAAGCGAGUCAUCAACUUUUGUAGUUGUUCUUGUGAUUUAUUAGUUUUUAAUUUCCCUUUCAAGUGAAAAUACAAAAAUUAAUAUUGCCGUUAUAGAUUCUCUAAUAUUCCUAAUAAUAAUUAAAUGUUAAAAAAUUCCAAAUUUAUGGGACACGGCUGUAUGACGUUUCAACAAAUCGUGUUGGGUUGUGGAGUGUUAUUUUUUUAAAGUGAUUAUUUUCUUUGUUAGAAGAUUACUCAGUGCGAUUUUCGAGAUGCCUAUCUUGUUUAGUGUUGUUGCUCGGGGCACCGUGGUGUUGUCCAAAUAUGCUACCUGUGCUGGCAAUUUCACAGAAGUUACAGAACAAAUUCUAUCGAAAAUUCCACCGCAUGAUGAUAAGCUGACAUACUCCCAUGGAAAUUAUCUAUUUCAUUACAUUGCGGAAAACAAAUUGAUUUAUUUUUGUAUUACGGAUGAUAAAUUCCAGCGGUCCAGAGCUUUUCUAUUUCUCAAUGAAAUCAAGAGAAGGUUCAUAACUGCGUUUGGUGACACUGCUCAGACGGCCAUUCCUUAUGCCAUGAACAGUGAAUUUGCCCGUGUCUUAGCGACAGAGAUGAAACAUUACAGCGAGUCGCGCGACCUUGACACCAUAUCCAGGGUACACGGAGAAUUGGACGAGCUGAAGAAUAUAAUGGUCAAAAAUAUUGACAAUAUGGCAAUGCGAGGAGAAAAGCUAGAAUUGUUAGUGAACAAGGCCGAAAAUUUAGCAACUACAUCGGUGACAUACAGAGCGACUUCGAGAACCUUGCAGCGUUCACUGUUCUGGAAGAACAUAAAGAUGUAUGUUAUCCUGAUUAGUGUUGCUGGGCUAGCAGUCUACCUCAUCGGAGCGAUGGCAUGCGGUGGUUUGGCGUGGAAGACAUGCGUGGGCUAAGCUAAAGCCACGCUCCAAAUACCAACAAUAUUCCUACUGCGUCGAAAUGUAUUGAUACAAACGGAUGGACAUAUUACGUUAUCAAAUGGGGAUAUCACAAUGUCAGGUAGAUUGUAGAGUGGAGCGAAUAUUACUCAUAUCUGUACACUUAGUUUGCACGAUUUUAUAGAGUUUAUUUUUCAUUGCCGUUAACCAUGGUCUCUCUGAUAAUUGUAAAACACCUCAAUGCAUUAAAGACAAUAUAAGAUACCAAUGGUUGGAAACUGCUGACAUCCACUUUUCGAAUGUCGGGUAAGACAGCCUUUUGACCAUUAUAAGCAUGGGACCAUGGUAUAACCCUACAGUAGGAUUGAAUGUUUAAAUUGGUUAAUAAGUUCAAAAUCAUUGUGUAAAAAUAUGAAACAUAUUGUCAACAAAUAGGUUUAUCCUUGUAUUUGAGGUCGCAAAAUUGCACGAUUCGUCAUUUCACAAAUCGUCUGUUUACCGCAAAAAUGUACCUAAAUUCAAGAAAAUAAACGCGUCGACUUGAGAACCUCGUUCAUUUUUCGUCGGUUAAAAAUACAAAACAAAUGAACAUGAGGCCGUUUGUGUAAUGUCGAAUCUUGCAAUUUGUUGACGUCACAUAAUAAUUUAAGCAUUACAUUCUUGACACAACUGUUUUAAUAAUGUUAACAUAUCGUUUUAAUGAUGACAGAAUUUUGAACCAAAUGUUUGAUCAGUAAUAUGUUUAUGUAUGCCAAAUUUAGGAGUGGGGAAUAAAUAUCUUUAGUUAGCCUAGUUGUUGCAACAACUAUGUAAAUAAAACGCGAAAUAAAUUCCUAUUAUUAUUUACAACUGGCCGAAUUAUAUUUAUACAAAGUUUAUUUCUUAUCUAUUUAAUAUUAUGAUAAUUUUAUUUUUGUUUAUAACUUAAAGAACAUAUUGGAAUUUAUUUGGUUCACUAGGUUAUAUUAAAGUUACAAGCAAGUCUGUGCAGGCCCAUGAAAAAGAAAAUCCGCCGGCGGUUAACGGGGCUUUAGUUUGAGGGUAGAGAGUAGUGUAUGAAGGAAUCGCCUUCUUUCUUACUAGUCUAUCCUCAUUUGUCCCAAUGUUUGCUUGAGAAUUGAAUUGAUUUCAUAUAAAAUUACAAGAUCAGUCAAAAUGACGUGAUUUCGUAUGAAUUUUUGGAUGCCAUAAUUCCCCGCUGGGUGGCGCUGCUAUUAAGUAACCCUUAAAAUUGGUGUUAAACCUAAUGCAUAAUAAUAAUAUAUUAUAUCACGAAACGACAUUGAAUAUUUACUUUAUUAUUAUAUUUACUAGUGAUAACUUUAGCAUUAUCAGUAGCUAAUUAGAGUUGAAUUUAAUUUCGAACACGAAUCAUUAAACUGACAUUUUACUUCGAGCUGUCACAUUAACCCUGGUAAAAGUAAACGCAGCCCGCAACAUGUAUGAACUACAUUGUCGGUCUCUAUACAUUUUGUAUUGAUGCGAACUGACCGACCGCGGGCACGGGCAAAGUACUGAAACCGCACCGCUGACAGAUUGCCUUGUCACGACUGCUGACAGAUUGUUUUGGCCGGACCGCUGACCGAUUGCUCUGCCCAAUAAUGUUGUUCAUAAUUUUAUGAGUAUACAAUAUGUGGCGUGCGUAUAAGGUAUGUACCACAUAGACCAUGUGGUGAUGCGAUGCGAUUCCUAUUUCUUAGUACUUGUCAUUUUAAUAACUUAAAUAAACUACCUAAAGCAUUACAACUCUGUACCAAAUCUUCAAUAUUAUUAGUUUAUUAAGGGUAUAAUGUGUGUGUUUAAAUUUAAAAUAUGUUUUAUAAAUUGAUUUUUGUAUCGGAUUAACUAAAGGAAAGUAAGCGAUUUGUUUUGCCUGGUUAUUUAAUUAGUCGGUAAAUUGCAUUUUGACUUAGGGCCGAUUUUUAUCUCCCAGAUAAAAUUUAUUCGAAAAAAAAGUAUAACAUUUCGUCAUACUUUCAUAGUUGGAAAUGGGUCCUUAAUUGUUUGCAAUGUCUUAUCAUUAUCUGGCUCCAGUCACACCAUUCUCUGUUCCUUCAUAAUGUAUGUUUAAUUCUAAUUGUAACUUCAGAUGUAAUGUAUAAGCCCUAUAAGGUGUGAAAAUAAACAAUUUAUUAUUA